AUGACCAUAUCGGAUUCCAUAAACCGCAAGGUUGAUUUCAACAAGGUCGGCGAAAAUUCUAUCCAGGAUCAUCUUGCAUCCUCCUUUGGUUGGUUCCCAGCAGGGGAAUUAUUCGAUAUCCAAAACGGCUUUUCAGAGGCUCUUCUUGGCUCGAGGCAUACUGUGGCGUGCGGUGGCAGACCUGGAAACUUGGGCGCGCCACCAGUGGAUGAUGAGACCAAUGUCACAUGCAUCUUCGUAUCGAGAUCCUUGAGAUCGAUGGACCCGACAACCUGGCUCGAGCUCCCCAAUUUGACCCACGAGGAACAGCCCGUCAAGGGUUUCCACCGAUGA